AGGCCUCGCGAUGAAACAAUUCGUUAGUGAAAGCAAAAGAACUAUCGGGAGAGUCAAGAGCACUAUAAUCAGGCAGGGAACAUUAUUGGGCCGUAACUUCCGAGUUCCCAGCGUCUGAUUUGGGGGAACUUGAAAGUUGAACCAUGGCAGACAUCAGUUCAUCUCCAUUGAAGCACUUUGUACAGGCUAAAAAGAAGAUUAACUCAAUCUUUGAUCAGCUGUUGGAAUAUGUCAAUGAAGGGGCAAGCUUUAUUAAAGAAUCCCAUCAAAAUGAAGGAUUGGAGAAAAUAGCAACCCAGCAGCAGUUGGCAGAAAUAGAAAUGUUUGCAACUAAAGUGGCUGGAAUCAGUGAGGUGCUGGCACGUAGACACAUGAAAGUGGCCUUUUUUGGGAGAACAAGUAAUGGGAAGAGUACUGUAAUCAAUGCUAUGCUAUGGGACAAGGUACUGCCCAGUGGCAUUGGACACACAACCAACUGCUUCCUCAGCGUUGAAGGAACAGAUGGGGACAAAGCCUAUUUGAUGACUGAGGACUCUGAUGAAAAGAAGAAUGUGAAAACAGUGAACCAACUGGCACAUGCUCUGCAUCAGAAUGAAUACUUAGAUGCGGGUUGUCUAGUCCGUGUUUUUUGGCCAAAAUCGAAAUGUGCUCUUCUUCGAGAUGACUUGGUGUUAAUGGACAGCCCUGGCACUGAUGUCACCACAGAGCUGGAUAGUUGGAUUGACAAGUUUUGUCUGGAUGCUGAUGUGUUUGUGUUGGUAGCAAAUUCAGAAUCAACACUUAUGCAAACUGAGAAACAAUUUUUUCAUAAGGUUAAUGAGCGACUUUCCAAACCUAAUAUUUUUAUCCUGAAUAAUCGUUGGGAUGCUUCUGCUUCUGAGCCAGAAUACAUGGAUGAAGUACGUCAACAACAUACUGACCGCUGUGUUAGUUUCCUUGUGGAUGAGCUUGGAGUAGUAGAUUAUGCACAGGCUGAGAAUCGCAUAUUUUUUGUUUCUGCUAAGGAGGCUGUUAAUGCCAGAAUUCACAAAGCACAAGGAAUGCCAGAAGGUGGUGGCGCACUAGCAGAUGGAUUCCAGGCUAGGCUUUUUGAAUUUCAGAAUUUUGAGCGGCAAUUUGAGGAGUGUAUCUCGCAGUCAGCAGUGAAAACAAAAUUUGAACAACACACUGUCAGAGCUAAACAGAUCAUAGACACUGUGAAAAAAAUCAUGGACUCCAUCAAUGUGGUUGCAGCAGAAAAAAGAGUCUUUUCCUUGGAAGAACGAGAGGAUAAUCUAGAUCGGUUGGAGUUUGUGCGAAGUCAGCUAACCUUGCUAACAGAGGACUGCAAGAAAAACAUUAAACUGGUAACGGAAGAAGUAGAAGCCAAGGUUUCUGCUGCAAUGACUGAUGAAAUCUGCCGCCUUUCUACGCUGGUUGAUGAAUUUCAUGGAGACUUCCAUUCUUCUCCUCCAGUCUUAAAGUUUUAUAAAAACAAUCUACAUAAGCACAUUGAAGAAGGACUAGGGAGGAACUUGGCUGAACGUUGUUCCAGUGCAGUCCAUGCCUCAUUGCAGACAGCGCAACAUCAAAUGAUAGGGAAUCUCAAGCCUUUGCUUCCAUUAAAUGUUCAGAAUCAGGUCAAUGCGCUGCUACCAUACCAUAAGUUUGACCUCAGCUAUGACCUGAAUUGUGAUAAGAUAUGUGCAGAUUUCCAAGAAAAUGUUGAAUUCCAUUUCUCACUUGGUUGGACUUCACUGGUCAAUCGUUUUCUGGGACCCAAAAAUGCCCGAAGGGCUCUACUGGGACUUGGAGACCCAACUUUUCAGAUUCCUCGACCUAUACUGACAACACCAACUAUGACAAAUGUACCUGCACUUGAUCAAGAAAACAUGGCACAAGAAGAACUGAUGAUCUCCCUAGUUACUGGAUUAGCUUCUCUGACAUCACGGACUUCAAUGGGUGUUGUCAUUAUUGGAGGAGUGAUUUUCAGAGCUGUGGGCUGGAGAAUUAUAGCUAUUGCACUAAGCCUCUACAGUAUAUUGUACAUGUAUGAACGUUUAACAUGGACAACAAAGGCAAAGGAAAGAGCUUUCAAACGCCAGUUUGUGGACUAUGCUACAGAGAAAUUGCAGAUGGUUGUUAGUUUUACAAGUGCAAAUUGUAGCCAUCAGGUUCAUCAGGAAAUGACCAGUACCUUUGCACGACUAUGCCAGCAGGUAGAUGUUACUGAGAAAAACUUAGAAGAAGCAGUCUCCAGCCUUAACAAAAAGAUCGAACUCCUAGAGUCCACACAAAACCGAUCAAAGCGGUUAAGAAACAAAGCAACGUGGCUGGAAAAUGAACUGGACAUAUUUACAAAGCAGUACUUGCAGACGAACCAGUGAAAACCUGCUAACCUUUUUUAGAACCUACAUUUGUCCCAUAACCUUUCUGAUGGGAAUUGACACCAAUGCUGCCAUAGUGCUGUGUAAAAAAAAAAUACAAACUUCCAGUCUCUUUUAUAUACAAUAAUGGUUUUCAGGGAUCCCUUUUCUCAACCCUUCAGAAAUCUAACCAGGUAUGCAUAAAGAUGCAUAGCAUUCAUCUAAAUUCAAGUAGGAUCACUUGAAAACUAGUCAUUGCUGAGUGGAGUUAUCUGUAUCUUGAUGGAUGUAUUUUGAGAUGUUGAAAACUUUAAUAUUCAGCAUCAUAAUUUAGCAGAGCAUGCAAAUAUUGCUGUUAGAAAUAAUGAAGAGUAUGUCAUUGAUGAGCAUUGUUUGAGAUCAAAUUGUGAAUCUGACAAUUAUUUCAUUGGUUAGGAAGUGCAUUCCUUACCACCUUGGGUCUUUUAAGAAAGAAAAUUAGAAAUAUCAAUAAUUUAUUCAGUAUCAGAUAAAAUGGAAAUUUUCUGUUCAUUAACUAGACACAAAAUUAAUGUGUCGGUGAGCUGUAUGGACAUCGACCAUUGUGGAUGUAUUACCUAGUCAAAAUGCAGUAAGCCUUUAGUCACAAAAAAUCUAAGCUAUGUGAAUCCUUAAAUGAAAUUCCCGCUUAUGCAUAUUUACAUGUAAUUACUUUAUCAUGAUUUUACUGAUCAGCUCUUUCCCCUCUACAUAAAUUAGUAGUCAUAUUGAUAGGAUUCACUUCCAUUAAACUGUGUCCCUAUAGAAAAUGUUAACACACAUAAAUUGAUGUUGCUGAAAAAAGUAACAUGUUGCCAAAGCUUUUUGUCUUGCACUCAUCGGGACAAAUGCAAAAAUGCUAAAUUUCAAAUGAUCACAUCAUUUUUUACUAGAGGAAAAAAGACCAUUGGUUGGCAAGUUGACUCUGAUUGGCCAAGGUGUUACCAUGGAGAAAGGGGGAAACUAAAAGCUUCCCAAACUCUCAGGUAAUUCAAAAAAGACACAAGGCUUGAACAUAUUUCUUUUAUUUGCAGAGAAUGGGUCCCUGCAUAUGAAUGUAUGUCACUUCUAGCAAGCGUAAAUGAGCCACAUUGAGCAAUUAUCUUAAAUUGGUUGUUAUUGUAGCGAUUAAAGUACUCAGGACUGUUCAUCAAGUGCUGCCCAAUCACGGAAUUAUAUUGAACAGUUGACAUUUUGUUUGGGUUUUGCAAGCAUGGGCUGGUUGAGUUCAUUUUGUACUCUGCCUAGCCAACGGAACAUGCUGGCAUAGUACAGACUAUGCUCAACCAGCCUGCUUUCAAAACCCAAAACAGAGUGUUUACUGUUCCAUGUCAUUCCGCGAUUGGGCAGUAUUGAGUGCGCUAAUAGCUAUACUGACAACCAAUUUAAGAUAAUCAGUCAAGCUCAAAAUGUGGCUCAUUUAUGCUUGCUAGAAGCAACAUGCAUUCAUAUGCAGCGACCUGUUCUUUGCAAACGUAAGAAAUACGCUCAAACCAUAUGCAUUUUUUUGAACUAUCUUUGAAUUUGGAGAGAUCUAUAGUUCCCUCUUGCUGCUCCAUGGCAAUGCCUUGGCCAAUCAGCAUCCCAUUUUUUCCUGUAGUGUAAUUUGUUGCGAUCAUUUGAAAUUUGGCAUUCUUGUUUAUCCUGAUGAGUGCAAGAUGUAAAGCUUCAGCAAUGUGUCUUUCAUUUCAGGAAUAAAUUCAUGUACAAGCCUAAAGCAAGCAAAGGUUGUGCGAAUCGGGCUUCAGCUAAUUAAUCAUGUAACUAAUGACUGGAUAUAAUUGCAGAAGUCAAAGUCAUAGAGGAAGCAAAGCAGUAAGGAGUAAAAUUGGCUAUUGUGUGAGGGGUUCCCAAGGGUGCUGCAACUGUCUUGUCCUAAUUUUUAAGUACACUAAUACAAUUUGUAUGUGAGAUCAAAAGAAAAUUUAAUUAUCAAGCUACACUGGAAGCAGUUGCUAUGUAUUUGCAAACUACAUUCAGUAAUACUACCUCAGGCCUGAAGUAUUACUUGCAUCAAGAGCCCUCCAUUGAAACUUCAGAAGAUAUUCAGCUAGCCUAAAACUGGACUUGACAACAGACCUGUGGCUGUUAUCAUAACCUAAAUUUCAUAUCAGGCUUUAUCACUCGAUUGCAAGUUAGGUUCCGUCAUUAUUAGAUUAGCGAAAGCAACAUUUUGAUGUGACUUUUUAAGUAAUUUAGUGAUGUCCUUUAAAAGUUCAAUUCCUAAUGACUUUUUUUUAUUAGCAUCACCAUCAGAAUGAAUGUGAAUAAUACAGUACCGGCAGACUAGUUGCUUUAGAAUUGAUGUGUGCAAAGAUUCAGACCAGUUUACUGGACAUACCAAAGAAUAAAAUUAAAGAUAAUAACUGCACUGAGUUAUAGGUUCCAACUAUUUAAAUUUAGGAUAAUGGUUAACUUUGUGUUGUAUGGCUAGUUAAAUUGUCAUAAUUUUAUCUAGCACACAUCUUAAGUUUAUUUUCAAAAGACCUGUUUGCAUCUAUGAAGAAAGUCACUAAAUCAAUUCCAUGAGAUGUUCUAAUCAGCAAAUAUCCCUGACCAAACUAAACUGAUCUGUGCCAGUAAUUUCCAUGGGUGUUACUCCAUCAGAAACCAUAUUAAUGGCUUGUUAUAUGAUUGCAUAACCACCUGCUACAUUGUGAAAAUUCUGAUUUAUGAACUGUAAAUCCUAAAGCUUCCAUCUUUAUUUACACAAUAUAUCUCACCCUUGAAAAAUGGCUUACCAAUAUUUGAGUUUCAAAUUGAUUUUCAUUAAAUGGGAGGGGGGUUGGAUGAUACUUUGUGUUUGUAUAUAGCUGAUUUUUGGUGUUCAAUGACUUUUUGUAACUUUAUGGAGGUUUCUCCAAAUUUCUUGUAUAUGUUCCCCUUUAAUAGAUUCAUCAGAUGUGAAAGACAAACCAAGUUUACAUUCUUUGAGUAUGUAUACUUGUAGCUGCUGUGCAAUUUGGUAAUAAAUUAUUUGAGU